AUGUGGUCGAGCCGUUCGAUGCUGGCGCUUAUGUUGGGCUUAGUGCUGUCGCCGGUGUACCGUGGCGUCGCCGCCAGUGGGCGUCUGAACGAUGAGUUUGUCUGGGGAUUUCUUGACGACAGCAGCCAGCGCGUCUGCCACUCGCAGUCCGUCAUCGUCCCGCCGACCUGGGAGGCAUUUUUCGCGCUCUUUCGUCCGGUCACACGGCUGGUUACCUUCACGCCGCCAGGUAUUGCAUUACUGUGCUUCCAGCCGGGCCAGUCGGUGCGCUACAUCCGUGUCUGGACCGAUGCGCCGUGGUACCGGUUUCGUGCCGAGCUGGUGCUUGGUGGCGUCGGCACGAAGGCACCCAUCCCGACGGUGAUCCAGCUGAGCCGCCACUGGAUGCUGUUUGCGAAUGUCGUGAUUUACUGCUCGACUUCCUAG